CACAGCUUCAGGGAUGAAGUCUUCCCCAAAUCUCUCUCCGCUUGCGCUUUUCUUCUACCGUCGUCAAAUUCUUCAUCUAAUUAUAACUUCUAUUUUCUCAUGAGAAUUUGGGAGACGAGCAGUAAUUAAGAUGCCAGGGGGGCAGAUGGAAAGAGAGGAGAAAGUAGCCAUGGAGCUCACUGAUGAGGUAUUGAAGAGCAUGGAGGUGGGCAUGGCUUUCAGAGACUAUAAUGGCAGAAUAAGUUCAAUGGAUUUUCACAAGGCUACAAAUUAUCUAGUAACAGCCAGUGACGAUGAAUCAAUUCGCCUCUAUGAUGUGCAAAAUGCUAUGUGUUUGAAGACGAUUAAUAGCAAAAAAUAUGGGGUUGAUCUGGUUUGUUUCACUGCUCAUCCAACAACUGUUAUAUACUCUUCAAAAAAUGGCUGGGAUGAAUCUCUCCGGCUGCUUUCUUUGAACGAUAACAAGUAUUUGCGGUAUUUUAAAGGUCACCAUGAUAGGGUUGUUUCUCUUUCCUUGUGCCCUCGAAAGGAGUACUUCAUCUCUGGUUCUCUUGAUCGGACAGUCUUGUUAUGGGAUCAAAGAGCUGAUAGGUCUCAGGGCCUUUUACGUGUACAAGGAAGGCCAGCAGUUUCUUAUGAUGAUCAAGGAAUGGUCUUUGCAAUUGCUUUUGGAGGGCUUAUACGAAUGUUUGAUGCUCGCAAGUAUGAGAAGGGUCCAUUUGAUAUAUAUUCUGUUGGAGCAGACAAAUCUGAUGCCAAUGUGGUGAAGUUCAGCAAUGAUGGAAGACUUAUGCUUUUGACUACUAUGGAUGGCCAUAUUCAUGUGCUUGAUUCCUUUCGGGGCAAUCUGUUGUCCACUUACAAUGUGAAGCCAGUUUCAAGCCAUGCUACUCUUGAGGCAUCAUUCAGUCCUGAUGGAAUGUACAUUGUAUCAGGUUCUGGGGAUGGUAGUGUCUAUGCUUGGAAUGUCAGAGGCGGAAAGGUUGCAUUUUGGGCAAGUACUGACACAGAACCACCAUUGAUAAAGUGGGCACCGGGAAGUGUCAUGUUCACCACUGGAUCAUCCGAGCUUUCGUUUUGGGUUCCAGACUUAUCCAAGCUGGGUUCCUUUGUUGUUAUGAAGUAGAGGCGAAAUAUCGAAGCUCGCACAGAAUCGUGUUUGAAAAUGAAGAGAGUUCUUGAUGUUGCUUUGGAGCAAGGAUUUUCUUUCCUCCGGCCAAGGAAACAGCUCACCAUGAAGAAUGUAGCCAGUCUAAGGCUACAUUCUUUAGAUGAUGUUGUGAUAUUGGAGAUGUUUCGUGUUGGUUAUCGAUGUAUUCAAUGCCGUUUAUCUUCCUAUUCCAUUGGAAAAUCCUUCUGUAUAUAUCACAGUCUUGAGGCUAGUUGUUAACUCUUGAUAUUGUUUUCAUGAUAUUUGCCCAAACUGUUGUCAUUGUUGAUCAUGACUAUUCCCAGUGGUUAUUUUCCACUGAACAAAGAUUUUUGGAUCAGUGGAAACUUUGGGAGAUUAUUAACGUAUGUAUUUUAAUUUGAGAGCGGGGUUUUUUU